CGGCCGCGGUGGGGGUGACCGGGUCCCUGAGCCUCCGUGUCCGGCUCCUCCAGUGUCCCUGCCUGCACCGGGGGGGGUGGUACCCCGCUGCCAUGGCAACGGCCGGAGGGGCCCGGUCUCCCCCGGGCCGCCAGCCCUGGUCCCCCCGUCCCACCUCGGCCCGGACCAGUUGUCCUGGCUGCAUAGCUUAUUGAUUAUAAUAUUUGUCACUUAAGAGCUCUCCGUGCAGUUAACAGAGGGGCAUGGCUGUGAGAGCUUGUGGCUUGAUCAUCUACAGGAGGCUGCAGUCAGCACCAUCUUCUAAGGUCACUGACAGUAUUGAAUACCUCCUCCUUCAGACAUCCUAUGGGACCCACCACUGGACCCCACCCAAAGGCCACGUGGACCCAGGAGAGGAUGACCUGCAGACAGCCUUCCGGGAAACACAGGAGGAGGCUGGUCUGCAGGCCAGUCAGCUCACCCUCAUAGAGGGGUACAAGAAAGAACUGCACUAUCCUGUCCGUGGCAAACCUAAGACUGUCAUUUACUGGCUGGCAGAAAUGAAGGACUGUAACACAGAAAUCAAGCUCUCGGAGGAGCACCAAGCUUUCCAAUGGCUGAAGCUGGAGGAUGCUUGCAAAUUUGCAGAAUAUGAAGACAUGCAAGCUACGCUGAAAGAAGUGCAUCAGUUUCUCUGCUCCAAAGAAUAAAUGCUUUUGUGAAGGAUAAGGGGAAUUUUUGAAGAAGCAUGGCCUGUGGUUUUUGGUUUGUUUGGGUUUUUUUUUUUAAACCAGGAGAAGAACUACAUGGCUGCAGAAAUACAGAUUUCUUUUUUUAAAUCUAUACAAAUUCAGUGAAGAGCUUUUAAAGAGCUUGUGUCUCCCCUAACUAACGCAAAAAAGUGUGGUCUGGUUGAACCGUGAGCCAGAGAUCUCUUAACUGAAACCCAGAGCUAACAAAGACUUCCUCUGUCCCUGUCAUCUUUUCUUGUUCCUUUUUUUUUUUCUUUGAAGUGCUGAACAACCACGCAUAUUUUUGAAAAAUCAAACACUUGAUUUUUCUUGACUUGCUGAUGUAGAACUACAGAAUUGAGAAAAUGAGCAUAUGGAGAUUUUUAAUAACAAAAUGUUUUACUGCAGAACUUGCACCUUGCAUUUCAAAUGGAGAAGCAGUACUGUUCCCAACUCCUCCACUGAUAUGCUGUGAUAACUUGUCAGAUCAUUUCAGGUCUUGUUUGUUUGUAUCAUGAAUUUAUGUACAUCACUAACGUACUGUUAUGAAAACAUUUUCCAUCCAAAGAGUCUUAGUAAACAGUUAAUGUACAGUA